CCCAAUGACCUUGUAUACAUCAACUCACCUACAAAUUCUCAUCCAACUGCUCAUUCUUUCCUCUUCCUCCUUUUUUUUUUCUCUUCCAUUUCUCUUACUUUAUUUCUAUUAAUAUAUAUACCGAUGGCUGUUGCUAAGCGCAAAACCGGUUUUACUGCUGAGAAGCCUCAGAAAAAGGUCAAGACGACUAAGGAAGCGAAGGCUGCAGCACCAAAGAAGACCAUCUUUGGUAAAGCCCUUGAUGAAGAUCUAAAAGACAACGAUGGCGAUGACUAUGAUGAAGAUGAGGAUGAGGGUGAGCUGGAAGCAGAGCCUAUUCGUGACGAUGAUGAGGAGCACAGUAUGGACGCUGAUGUGCCUGACCAAACAGCUGCCCAGAAGAAUAAGUUGUCCAGCAAAGAAUCAAAUGCUCAAAAGAAGGCACUCCGUGAUGAGCGUCGAUCGCACAAACCUAAUGCAGAGCUCAUCUAUCCAGCCAAGAAGCUGUGGGAGAAGCUUCGUCUCAAAGAAUUGCCAAAGGCUGAACGCCAGGCAGUAAUGAAGGACAUGAUGGCACUGAUUACAGGAAAGGUUCAGGAGCUUAUUUUCAAGCACGACAUGUCGCGUAUCAUUCAAUCCUGUCUGAAGCAUGGAAAUGAAGCCCAACGUAAUGUCAUUGCAGGAGAAUUGGUCGGUCACUACUUGACGCUCUCCAAAUCCAUGUAUGGACGGUUCAUUGUGAUCAAGAUCCUCAACUACUGCCAAAAAUACAGGGAAGCCAUCAUCAAAGAGUUUUACGGAAAGGUUCGUCAAUUGAUCAAACACAAGGAGGCCUCAUCAAUCAUCGAGGAUGCUUAUUCAAUCUAUGCCAACUCAGCUCAGAGAGCAGCAUUGAUCCAGGAGUUUUAUGGACCUGAGUAUCGUUUGUUUAAAACUGGAGACAAGAAGACACUAUCAGAGAUUCUAGAACAAAACCCAGCAAAGAAGGACACCAUCAUGAAGCAUCUCAUGGAGACUCUGACCGGAUGCUUGGAGAAGGGAACCAUCGGACUCAGUAUUGUACAUCGUGGUUUGCUUGAAUAUUUCGAGCAUGCUGAUGCCAAGGGUAUUCAGGAAAUGUUGGAUUUGAUGAAGGAACAAGCAGUUGAGAUGCUGCAUACAAAGGAGGGUGCACAGGUUGCUAUGUACUGCUUACUGUAUGCCACGCCAAAAGAUCGUAAAGCGAUGCUGAAGACGAUGAAACCCUUUGUUGUGAAGAUUUGCAAGGAAGAGUACGGCCAUAUGGUCAUGCUUAGGAUGUUUGAUGUUGUUGAUGACACAGUGUUGAUGAGCAAGGCUAUUUUGGCAGAGAUUAUCAAGGAGAUGGAAGAUAUUGCCAAGGAUAAAUUCGGUCGUCGUGUUAUUCUUUACUUGCUUGCAGGGCGAUCACCAAAGUAUAUCUCCCCUCAGAACAUUGAGCUUCUCGCUAAAGGUGAUGCUAUUCGUGCCAAUACCAGUAAAAAGGAUGCGGCUGUCCGUUCUGCAGAAUUACUCAGCUAUAUUUCCCCCUCACUGAUCUCUUUGAUCGCCACCAAAGCCAGGAGUCUCAUAAGCGAGCCUUUGUCCAGUCAGGUUGUUCUUGAGACUAUGUUACACGCAGUGGGCGAUAAGACCCCUGCUAUGAAUGCGCUCUUGGAGAUAGCAGCAGCAAAUCCUGCAGAGUCAACAUCUGAAGAGCCAAAUCCACUAUUAACCAUGCCUACAGAUCGUCUCUAUAAGACUUUGAUCCUGUCAGAUUACAAGGCACCGCUCGCGGAGCCUAGUUUACAUUUCGCUAAAGCAUUGUUGGCCAAGAUCUCCCCCUAUAUCGGAUUCUAUGUACUUGAAGGCGGUAAUAGCGCAUUUAUUAUUUUGGCCUUGUUGGAGAACCCAGAGACAGCAGAAGAAACCAAGAAGCUGUUGAUUUCGACAGAGGCCAAGAAGAGAUCCUCAAUAACUCUGCAAAAGGAAAUGGAGAACUUGAUCAAGGGCAAACCUGACGAAGAGCACAAGGCUGUCCGGUUGAUCUUGGAAGGCCUUGCCAAGUAA